AGGUACGGGUGUAAAACUUCGAUCUCUAGUACGUUAGAUUCUGGCCAGUCCACCAUGAAUGCAUAAAUUACAGCUAAAUAACGAACAGAAAUUGUGUAUUUGUAAUUAUUAAAUGUUUGAUUUAAUAUCUAAUUUAAGAUCAGUGUUGUGUUUAAAAUCAGUGUGUUUCAAAGAGAUAUGGUUCAAUCUUCGAACAGCCUAGUGAUGUCAAAGAAGAGAAACAAGACCUGAGCAAAGUUCCGGGGAUUCCGGGAGUCGACUAUCCGGUUUAUCACAGCGUGCCGGAAACGAGCUUCCAUUGCGGACACGUGCCGGCUCUUCCGGGCAUGUACGCCAAUGUUGAGACCGGAUGCCAGGCUUACCAUGUUUGCCACGACGGAAGGGAAGGUCACCAGGGUGCAAGUUUCCUGUGUGCAAACGGAACUUUAUUCAAUCAAAAAUUGUUUGCUUGCGAUUGGUGGUAUAAUGUACAUUGUGAAGAAGCGCCACAUUUUUAUAGUUUGAAUGCUGAUCCUGCUACAAAUCCGUUUACUCCGAAACAAAAAAAGGAAGAAGAACAUCAUCAAUCGUUUGAAGAGUAUUAAGAUCAUGGUUAUAGUUUUAUAUGGUGC